UAUGGCCAGAAUUACAAAUCCUAUUGCCAAUCGUCGAACAAAAGAUGCCUUGCCUUUAACACUGCCAUUACCAUAGACAGUGAUUGCAGAUGCAUACCAAUGAAAAAACAAACAUCAUGAGUGAAAACGAAGAGAAGAAAGAGUUCUAAUAACAAAAAGAAAGAAGAACAAUUUUUUCUUAAAGUAAUGUCUGUGACUUGAUAUAUUGGAUAUUCAUUCUUCGUUACUCUUCUACGUCCCUGAACGUACGACCGAUCUGUUUUCGAGUGCAGAAAGUGCCGAAGAGUACAAAUGAAGGAAGGAGGAUUAUUCCAAUCCCUUUAAUGCUCGUCACUGACGUUGACAGCUGUUGACAGCUAACCUCGUCAGGAUUUCUCUCCGUGCGUUAUUAAUAAUCAAUUAGCGGAUAUCAUACGGAAAAGAUCCUUAUUUGUCAAAAAGAAAUAAUGAGGAUUAGGUCAAUUGGAGAACAGCCGCGGUCGUAGAACAUAACCUCUCACAAACCAAUGACCGCGCGCCCCGAGCGCGGCAACAGAAUUACCGUAAGAUCGACUGACUCCAGGAUAAAUAGACAUGAUCAAGGCGAUUCUGGUCUUUAAUAAUCAUGGAAAACCUCGCCUCUCCAAGUUUUAUCAGUAUUUUAACGAGGAUAUGCAGCAGCAGAUAAUAAAAGAGACAUUUCAGCUCGUCUCGAAGAGGGACGACAACGUGUGCAAUUUCUUGGAGGGUGGCAGCCUGAUCGGCGGCUCUGAUUACAAGCUGAUCUAUCGGCACUAUGCGACACUCUACUUUGUGUUCUGUGUCGACAGCUCAGAAUCGGAACUGGGAAUCCUAGACCUAAUACAAGUCUUCGUCGAGACUCUGGACAAAUGUUUCGAGAACGUGUGCGAGCUCGAUCUCAUUUUUCACGUGGACAAAGUUCACUAUAUACUCAACGAGUUGGUGAUGGGUGGUAUGGUACUUGAAACCAACAUGACUGAGAUCCUCACGAGGAUCGAGGAUCAGAACAAAUUAGAAAAGCAAGAGGCGGGAAUCACAGCAGCGCCCGCGCGUGCUGUCUCGGCGGUGAAGAACAUGAAUAUACCGCAACAAAUAAAGGAUAUGAAGCUGCCUGACUUGCCGCAAGCCAUAAAAGACCUCAAAUUCUGACCAGCCGUCACCUCGUUGGCACCCAGCUGACUGGUCUCCACUAUCAUCCCGAACGUAACCGACACCACCGUCGCACCGAGGACACUUUUCCCCUCCCUUCAAGCGAGCGAGAAUGCACCAAUGCUGCCUGCCACCUCCGCAUAUAUCCCAUCUCAACGAUACCAGAGUUAAAGACUACAAAAAUUUAUCAACUACUAUUACUUGAUCGCUAACUCCUUCGAAUUGUGGUACCGCCGACGAAGAAAGUACGUAUUACAAGGAAACCAAGUUUUGAGAAUAGUUUUUAAACGAAAAAAGAAAUUGAACGAGAGGAUGUUUCUUAGAUUUUUUAUAAUGAAUGAUAGUAGUUAGAAAUUAAAAAAAAAGAUAUCAGAUUUAUGAAUUCAAUUGUAGUAUUGGCUCGAUUGUCCAAUCUAUAAUAGUAGUCUAGCUCCACGUUCCACUACACGUAAGAGAGACAUGUCCACAGUUAUUCACUGGAAAUACAUUAAUGUUAUAUUGUAAAGGAGAUAUAUUUAAUAAAUAAAAUUAGCAUUAUUGUAAA